AUGGGCGCGGCGGCUGUGCGCUGGCACUUGUGCGUGCUACUCGCUCUGGGAGCGCGCGGACGGCUGGUGGGGGGCAGCGGGCUCCCAGGAGCCGUGGACGUGGAUGAGUGCUCAGAGGGCACAGAUGACUGUCACAUAGAUGCCAUCUGCCAGAACACACCCAAGUCUUACAAAUGUCUCUGCAAGCCUGGCUACAAGGGGGAAGGGAGGCAGUGUGAAGACAUCGACGAGUGUGAGAACGACUACUACAACGGAGGCUGUGUCCACGACUGCAUCAACAUCCCUGGGAACUACAGGUGCACCUGCUUUGACGGGUUCAUGCUGGCUCACGACGGACACAACUGCCUGGAUGUGGACGAGUGUCAAGACAACAAUGGCGGCUGCCAGCAGAUCUGCGUCAAUGCCAUGGGCAGCUAUGAGUGUCAGUGCCACAGUGGCUUUUUCCUCAGUGAUAACCAACACACCUGCAUACACCGCUCCAAUGAGGGGAUGAACUGCAUGAACAAAGACCAUGGCUGUGCCCACAUCUGCCGGGAGACGCCCAAAGGUGGGGUAGCCUGUGACUGCAGGCCCGGCUUUGACCUUGCCCAAAACCAGAAGGACUGCACACUAACCUGUAACUAUGGAAACGGAGGCUGUCAACACAGCUGCGAGGACACAGACACAGGCCCCAUGUGUGGCUGCCACCAGAAGUACGCUCUACAUGCGGAUGGUCGGACAUGCAUUGAGAAGGAUGAGGCUGCAAUUGAGCGCUCUCAGUUCAAUGCCACGUCAGUAGCUGAUGUGGACAAGCGGGUGAAACGGCGGCUCCUCAUGGAGACAUGUGCAGUGAACAACGGAGGCUGUGACCGGACGUGCAAAGACACUGCCACGGGUGUGCGCUGCAGCUGCCCAGUCGGAUUCACGCUGCAGCCGGAUGGGAAGACGUGCAAAGACGUCAACGAGUGCUCGGUGAACAACGGAGGCUGCGACCACUUCUGCCGGAACACCGUGGGCAGCUUUGAGUGCAGCUGCCAGAAGGGCCACAAGCUGCUGACAGACGAGCGGACGUGCCAAGACAUCGACGAGUGUUCCUUUGAGCGGACCUGCGACCACAUUUGCAUCAAUUCCCCUGGCAGCUUCCAGUGCCUGUGCCACCGCGGCUACAUACUCUACGGGACAACCCACUGCGGAGACAUGGAUGAGUGCAGUGUGAACAAUGGCAGCUGCGAGCAGGGCUGUGUCAACACCAGGGGCAGCUACGAGUGUGUCUGCCCACCGGGAAGGAGGCUGCACUGGAACCGGAAGGACUGUGUGGAGACGAGUGGAUGCCUGUCUCGGUCCAAGGCCUCUGCCCAGGUGCAGCUGUCCUGCGGCAAGGUGGGUGGCGUGGAGAACUGCUUCCUGUCCUGCCUGGGCCACAGUCUCUUCAUGCCAGACUCAGAAAACAGCUACAUCCUGAGCUGCGGUGUCCCAGGUCUCCAGGGCAAGGCGCUGCCGAAACGCAAUGGCACCAGCUCCAGUGCGGGGCCCAGCUGCUCAGAUGCCCCCACCACCCCCAUCAGGCAGAAGGCCCGCUUCAAGAUCAGAGAUGCCAAGUGCCAUCUCCGGCCCCGCAGUCAGGAGCGAGCCAAGGACACCCUGAGGCACCCCCUUCUGGAUAAUUGCCACGUGACUUUUGUGACCCUCAAGUGUGACUCCUCCAAGAAGAGGCGCCGAGGCCGCAAGUCCCCAUCCAAGGAGGUGUCCCAUAUCACGGCAGAGUUUGAAGUAGAGGUGAAGAUGGAUGAGGCCUCAGACACAUGUGAAGCAGACUGCAUGCGGAAGCGGACCGAACAGAGCCUGCAGGCUGCCAUCAAGACUCUGCGGAAGUCCAUCAGCCGCCACCAGUUCUAUAUCCAGGUCUCAGGCACUGAGUACGAAGUGGCCCAGCGGCCAGCCAAGACACUGGAGGGGCCAGGGACAUGUGGCACAGGCCAAAUACUACAGGAUGGCAAGUGUGUGUCCUGUGCGCCUGGCACCUACUUCAGCGGUGAGCUGGGCCAGUGUGUGCCGUGCGUGUCGGGAACCUACCAGGACAUGGAGGGCCAGCUCAGCUGCACGCCAUGCCCCAGCAGUGAAGGGCUGGGCCUGGCUGGUGCCCGCAAUGUAUCUGAAUGUGGAGGCCAGUGCUCUCCAGGCUACUACUCAGUGGAUGGUUUCAAGCCCUGCCAGGCCUGCCCUGCGGGCACAUACCAGCCCGAGCCUGGGCGUACCGGCUGCUUCCCCUGUGGAGGAGGACUGCUCACCAAGCACACGGGGACUGCCUCCUUCCAGGACUGUGAGGCCAAAGUGCACUGUUCUCCCGGCCACUACUAUAAUACCACCACCCACCGGUGCAUCCGCUGUCCUGUGGGCACCUAUCAGCCCGAGUUUGGCCAGAACCACUGUAUCACCUGUCCAGGCAACACCAGCACCGAUUUUGAUGGGUCCACCAACGUCACCCACUGCAAAAACCAGCACUGUGGUGGCGAGCUUGGUGACUACACAGGCUAUAUCGAGUCCCCCAACUACCCUGGAGACUACCCAGCCAAUGCCGAGUGUGUGUGGCACAUCGCGCCUCCCCCCAAGCGCAGGAUCCUCAUCGUGGUCCCCGAGAUCUUCCUACCCAUCGAGGAUGAGUGUGGCGAUGUCCUGGUCAUGAGGAAAAGUGCCUCUCCCACGUCAGUCACCACCUAUGAGACCUGCCAGACCUAUGAGCGGCCCAUCGCCUUUACCUCCCGCUCCCGCAAACUCUGGAUCCAGUUCAAAUCCAACGAAGCCAACAGCGGCAAAGGGUUUCAAGUGCCCUAUGUCACCUAUGAUGAGGACUACCAGCAGCUAAUAGAAGACAUCGUGCGCGAUGGGCGCUUGUACGCCUCGGAGAACCACCAGGAGAUUCUGAAAGACAAGAAGCUGAUCAAGGCCCUCUUCGACGUAUUGGCACACCCACAAAACUACUUCAAAUAUACAGCCCAGGAAUCCAAGGAGAUGUUCCCUCGGUCCUUUAUCAAACUGCUACGUUCCAAAGUGUCUCGGUUCCUGCGGCCCUACAAAUAG